CGCUCCAGCAGGGUCAUCCCAGAGCACGUGGCACGGGAUUGUGUCCACAUGGCCCUUGGACAUCCCUAGUGAGGGAGACUCCACAGCUUCUCUGGGCAGUCUGUUCCAGUGGAGAGCAAAGAAAUUCUUUCUCAUGUUUAGGUGGAACUUCCUGUGCAUCAGUUUCUGCACAUUGCCUCUUGUCCUGAAGGCAUCGUGUCCUGAGAGCAUGUGCGCACCUCGUGCGUAACAAAAUCAUGACAUGAAGUAACUUUGUUAUGGAGGGGAAUGACGGAGUGUGGCAGGGAAUAUAUAGAGGCUCGGCAGGGAGUGCUACGCCUUUUCUCUGUACGAACACACCUGAAGAGCAAAAGCCGUCCUCAGAAGGUGUGUUUGUGUCCAUUCCUGCCCGUACAUCCGCUAAAGGUCUCCACCUGCUUGUAUAUAAUCCAGCAUCCAGCAGAGGAAAGUCGAGUGUUAAGGACAGUGCCUUUGCUAGCAGCUUGUCUCCCUCCAGACAAAUGUAAAAUUUUGGUUGGUCGACGUUUUAGUGAAGACAGGUAUCCUGAAUUAGCAACCGUGUGCAGGAAUCCCAAUACUCUAAUUUUAUAUCCUGGAGCUGAAGCAACCAAUUUGGAAGAAGUUGCAGUGAUGUCUCCUAGUUCAUCUGUUAUGAUCAUCAUUGAUGGAACAUGGAGCCAGGCUAAAGAUAUAUUUUACAAAAAUUCUCUCUUUCGUCUUCCCAAGCAGGUGCAGUUAAAAACCAAUCAUUCAAGUCAAUAUGUAAUUCGUACACAGCCAACAAACACCUGUCUGUCUACACUUGAAUGUGCAGCUGUUGCUCUUACUAUCAUGGAAAAGAAUAACAGCAUACAAGAGACUAUACUCCAUCCACUUCAAGCUUUAUGCUCUUUCCAGCUUCAGCAUGGUGCCCAGAUCCAUCACAGCAAGGAACAUCUUCUCAAAAAUGGCUUAUAUGACAAGCCAAUGCCAAAGAAUAAACGCAAACUCAGAAGAAUGGAGCUUUUGGUGAAUAAUGUUAAAAUAUAAGAAAACUGUACUGACUGUGCAGUGGAAUUUGUUUGCAGCUCACAAAUGAAUAGGACUCUGGAUUUGAUCCAAAUGGUUGACUGUACUGUAAUAAACCAACUUUUAGACCUUCA